AGCAGGUGUACGCGGUACGUCAUGUACGUACAUGUACGUGGUCCAGUUUUCUGUUGGGGGCGGGACGUUUCCACGUGAAUUUUGUACUUUGAUGACCUUCAAUUCCGUCCAGAUUUCUACACCAUUUUCUCACAUUGCAGUGAACGCAGAGGGUCGAGCUUCAGGGAGUGUUUUGUCUUCGAAGAUCGUUUGAUGAGCUGAAUGUGUCGUGCGAGCAGCCAAUAACAGUGAGAGGGGCGUACUGACUGAGUGUGGGUUGACAGGCUUGACAGAAAAAAACCACCGUACCCUUCCCACGUUCACCCAGCAAAUGCGGUAGGAUUCAUCCACCCAGACGAGUCCACCCUACCCUCGGCUCAGCCAACGUGUACCGCCACCAUGCCACUGUUUCCCAAGAAGAAAGGCGACAAGAAGCAGAAAGGGGGGCUCACCGAGUACGAGCAGCAACCCGACUCCGACCAAACAAACUCAAAAGAGGUGUAUCCGCCGGCCCCCACUCCCGCCCAGCCGCAGCAAGCCAAUGGCGGCCAGGCUCCUGCGCCCGCACCGAGGAAGCUGGUGUUUUAUACGCAGCUGGCCCACGGCAGCUCCACCGAACGUAUCGAGGGCUUCACAAACGUCAGGGAGCUGUACGAAGAGAUUUCUAAGUCUUUCGACAUUCCGGCUGUAGAUAUCCUGUUCUGCACCCUCAACACCCACAAAGUGGACAUGGACAAACUCUUGGGCGGCCAGAUCGGUCUGGAGGACCUGAUCGUCGCCCACGUCAAGGGCGCCCCCAAAUCCAUCGAGUGUAUGAAAUCGGAGGCCUCCCUGGGCCUGACCAUCACCGACAACGGCGCGGGGUACGCCUUCAUCAAGCGGAUCAAGGAGAACAGCGUGAUGGAGUCCAUCGCCGAGGUGCUGGUGGGGGAUCACAUCGCGGCCAUCAACGGCAAGAGCAUGGUCGGCUCCCGGCAUUUUGAGGUGGCGAAGGAAUUUAAGGACCUCCCGGUCGGGUUCAGCUUCACCGUCAACUUUGUGGAACCCAAGAAGGCUUUCACCAAAAUCGCUCCUCGUUCGGCCGCCCCUCCAGCGCCCUCGCCCAUGGCUGCCAUGCCGACGGAGGACAAGGUGGGGACCGGCCGAGAGACACUGCGGUUGCACAGCUCGGGACCGGCCGAGAUCGUCAAGGAUGAGCCCGACAAAUUUGAGACAAAUGCAAUAGCAAAGUGCGACGAUAUGCUCGAGAGCUUCUUCGGUAUCAGAGACGAAACACUCGCUGAGACGCUGGUGGGGCUGUUCAAGGGAAACUCAGACUUCCCGGGCUUCAUGACGUCCGUGUUGGAGGAGCUCGGGGACCUAGAAAGCGAGGAUUUCGUCUACGACCUCUGGGGCAUGAUGGGAGAUGUCAAAGCCGGCCGGCUAUGAACACCGCAAGUUUUUCUUACAACAUCACAAACUCUGAGGGAAGGUACAGAUGCGAAAAGGUGUUAAUUUUUUAAUUUUUUUUUCCUGCGAGUGCAAGACAUCAAGAGUCUUACGAUCCACCAAUGUGAAAUUGUUUGUAUAUUUAUAAUUGUGAGUCAACUCUUAUUCUCUGCAAAGGGAUCAGUUUGGAAGUGUUUUUACAGUGUAUUUUUUUUCUUCGGUUUUUGUUUGUUUUUACAAGAAAGGAUCUCUUAAAGACAGGUCGGAACAUUAGUAAUAACCCGGAAACGGACCUACCGAUAUUGUGAAGAAAAAAAAACUUGCUCAAAUUUAAAAUAGGGAUGGUACCAAAUACUCAAAUUAUUCCGCCUAAAAUUGUAUCGUUCAAAAGAAAAUGAUAAUUGAAGGUUGCUU